AUGGCCAAUGAUCACUGGCAAACAAAAUGUUUGACGAUCAGCGAAAGAACAAGGUUCAUCUUUAAUAACGAGUUGUUAAGCGAUGUGAAGUUUAUCGUUCCUGCGUCGAAUAGCGAAAGCGAAAGCCGGAAGAUGAUUCCUGCUCACAAGUUUGUUCUUGCAAUCGGCAGUCCUGUAUUCUAUGCCAUGUUCUUUGGUGAAAUGGCGGAGACUAGAAAUUCUAUUGAAUUGCCCGACUGUGAGUACGAGAGUCUGUUGGAGUUGUUUCGUUAUUUGUACACAGAUGAAGUGAACUUAACCGGAAGUAAUGUGAUGCAUGUUCUGUACUUGGCAAAGAAAUAUAUGCUUCCUUCGCUCGCUGAUAAGUGCAGUGCCUAUCUGCACGAAAACCUUGGAGCAUCCAAUGUGUUCUCAAUUCUGCCGCACGCGAAGAAAUUUGAUGAUCAAGAUCUGGAAAACCGAUGCUGGGAAGUGAUCGAGAAGCAUACUGAGGAAGCUGUGACGUCAGAUGAAUUUGUAACGCUUGACCGGUCUCUAAUUGAAUCUGUUGUGAAGAAGAAACUAUUGAACGUGAAGGAAGCGGAGCUGUUUAAGGCCGUUGAUCGGUGGGCAACAAAAGAAAUUGAAAGACAAGGUUUAAGUCCUGAUGGAGAAACAAAAAGAAGAAUUAUUGGAGAGGAAUUAUUGAACGCCAUAAGGUUUCCACUGAUGUCACAGAAGGAGUUUCUUGCUGUCGUUGCAGACAGUAAUAUUUUGACAACGAAGGAAGUUGUUGACUUGAUGAAACACUACAACAGCAUGUUAACUUCUCCUUUACAGUUCUCGGCAUCUCCAAGGACGAGGCGCGUCGUUACUUGUCAUCGAUUUCUUUCUUUUAGUGAAUCGACCAGCCUCGGUCCUUGGUGGUACACGCGUAACUUAAGUGACCGCAUUUGUUUCACCGUGAACAAGGACAUUCAUUUAACUGGAGUGGAGCAUUUUGGCUGCGAGGGAGGCACCUACACCGUCAGAACUGUAUUGAUCGAUACUGCGAGUGGUUCCUGUGUCGCAAGCAAAUCAGGGGUGUACAGUUCAGAAGAAAAACAUCAAGAGAUUACUAAAUACUACGGCUUUACUGUUUUGUUUGAUGAUGCGGUACCUAUCAAGCAAAAUAACUGUUAUGAGGUGGUUUCUCUUGUUAACGGUCUCAGUUCAUGGUUUGGAGAUAAUGGAAAAAGAAUUGUUGAAUGCUUUGGGGUAAUUUUUUCGUUUAGUGACUCUGAAGAGAAAACAGAUAAUAACUGCACAGUCGUGGAGAUGGGCCAAUUCCCUGUAUUGCUGUUUGAAGCAGAUAUUUGACUCGUGGUAGGGAAUCCGGAACCGAAUCGAACCAGUCAAUCGAACUCAGUCUGUGGAUUGAUUAGGAUUGAAUCCGGUAAUCGAACAUAAUCGAACUCAAAAAAUAUUCACACGGUCGAUUUUCGCACUGUCGAUUGGUAAAUUUAAUCGCUGUUCAAAAGACGGUUUUUCUUUAGGCUCAAUUUAUUUAGCCCGAGUGCUUGUGUGAUAAAUCCGGUGAAGCAGGGAUCAGAAGACUAUAUACAGGCAAUAAAUUAGAGUCGAAUACUGCAAUCAACGCAAGCCCCACGCCUGUUUAAUUUGAUUUUGUCGUGAAAUGUUGUAGGACUUGUAGUAAAAAGGCUUACAUGUGAGUUUUCUUAGCUUCUGAGUGUAUAUGAAGCGAAAAUUGUUUUUAUUCAGUGAUUAACUUUUCCAUUUGAAAUCUUCGAUUGGAUGCGAAGUUUCAGAUGGUUUGAGUGGAAACUAGAGCCAUAAUUUAGUUUACUUUGCCCUGAAAAUGGUUUUCGAAUCGUGCAGCCAAUAUCCCAAGUGACUUUUAACUGAUGACGUAAAUUACGUAAUUUUGGUUGCAUGGAGAAUCACUCGCUCUAAAACAAGUACCUUUAACUGCCGGUUAUAAUACAGUCAUCUUCGCAUGGGGUUUUAAGAGGGGUAAUAUAAACGGAGGGGCUUAUAUCCCAGGGGGCUUAUAACCGCAGUAGAGUUAGCGAUUUACUGCUCUGGUUACCAAACCAUGGUAAAAGGCGGAUUGGUCGUCCUGCAAUCACCUACAUCGACCAACUCUGAAGAGACACGGGAUGCCUUCCAAACGACCUCCCUGCUUUGUUGCAGGAUCGCGAUGGAUGGCUUGAUAGGCUUAUAAAUGCCUGAGCUACGUAGCUUGACCCGAUAAUGAUGAAGCCUCAAAACGUCGUAAUUAAUCAAAUUUAUUCUAAUCCUAAGGGGCUGAGAAUCGGGUGUAUUUUUUGGUUACAUGUAGAUGGGCCUGAAAGUGUGUGGGAGGGAGGGGGUGGGGUAUAAGUGGGAAGGCUCAUAAACGGCAGUUUACGGUACUAGUGACGGAAAGUAAAAAAAGGGAAGUGUCGCGGAGGCCGGGUGAUAUUGCGCUGCUGGAACACCAAACCAGCAAAGUUGCACUGAAGAAUACGUCUUUCACGCCUGGUAAAGCGACGCACCAUUCCUUACUGAUCCGCCUGUGAAAAAUGUUAGUUUCUAGUAAAAAAAAUCUUGAAUUGACUAAGUCGUACACGCGAAGCACUGACUUUAAUUUAUGUUUGUAAACAUUGACUUUCGUGAUCGCGGAAGUAUCCUCUAUCCGAACCCACAAACCCGAUUUUGAGUCGAUUCAGGGAAGAUUGAAACGCCUUCUCGUGAUUAGACUGUAAAACAGUCGGUUUUUUUCUCAAAAUCAGUAAAGAAAUCGGUAAAGCGUAGCGUACGAGUCUUACGCGCGCGAAGCUCGCGAGCCUCACACGCUUAUAGGGCUUCCCAGUCUCGCUCUCUGUUUUUAGCCUUGUUCCAGACCUUUUGUUCGACUGCUCGCGCGCACUUGAACACGCAACAAUACGGACUGUUUUGCAGUCUAUCUCAUGAUGGUUUGUUCCCAACUAUAUUAUCACUGAACUUUUAUCACGUGAUCCUUAUUUUAGCAAAACGCAAAAUGGCUGCUCGUACGGUUGAGAGAACGUGCUGAGCGCCCAUUCGAUAUUUUCACUAUAUCGCUCGAUUUUUUUCUUGAGGACUCAUCGCUAAAAGACGACCUGUAAAUAUCUUGUAAAAUAGAAAGUAAGGCAAAUAAAUUUACAAGUGAGACUUUGUUACCUGUUGUGCUUAUACCGUAAAAUUCUGAAAAUAAGCCCCUCCAUGUAUAAGCCCCUCCAAAUAUAAGCCCCCCAAACUCGUAACGCAAAAAAACCCUCCGUUAAAUCGCCCCUCCAAAUAUAAGCCCCCCAGGGGGCUUGUACUUGGAAAUUGCCCUCAAAUACAAAGUAAAACAAAGCAAAACCGGUAAAUUUCCUUCCAACUGUAAUCCUAGCCCAAUCGAUUGUGAAACGCUAAUUUCCCUCCAUUGAUAAGCCCCACCGAAUAAAAGCCCCUCCAAAAAUAAGUACCUCAAAAAGGGGCGUUGAAAAACACAAGCCCCGGGGCUUAUGUUCGGAAUUUUACGGGAUAUUGGAAUCGUGGCUUUUUGUAUUUCUCUUUUGAGACUGAAGCUUGAGAUUUUCAGUUUAUUUUUCCCCUGUUAGCUGUAUAUAUUUUACCAUUUGUUUUGACUGGUAGUUUUUUUUCUUUAAAUUUUAUAACACAAUCGGAAAGCUUCAUUAACAAAUGUAAGCUUAUCGUCUGUAUUUUCAGUUAUCCUUUUUACUGUUAAUAUUAGUUAUAACAGCUUUUUACUGUUGUUAUUAGUUGUUACAGGAAAGGCUGACAAAGGAAACAUGGAAUCUUGUACUUCAGUUUGUUUGUUGUGUAAUAGUAAUGGUCAUUGUUCUGAAUAUUUGUGCUUGACCCGUUGAAGGGAAGUCAUGCUAUAAUUUAUAUGACCUAAAAGGUCUAGGUCUCCGUUUUGAAAUUGUUUCAAUAUACGAGAUAACGUGGGACAAAGAAAACCGAGUCUAUCCUUAUUCCUUUUAGUGGUACCACAGGUAUACCAUCCUCUAUUUGUGUUGUGUCCUGUGCAUAAAUUCUUAGCAGUGGCCCAUCUAGACACGUGACCAACCAUACCAAAGCUACGUUCUGCUUCAGACAUUACACUGUUCUACACUUUGUCACAAUUUCUCUGUCCUGUCGAGCAAUAUAUGUGCGAAAUGGCCGAUGAUCACUGGCAAACAAAAUGUUUGACGAUCAGCGAAAGAACAAGGUUCAUUUUUAACAACGAGUUGUUAAGCGAUGUGAAGUUUAUCGUUCCUGCGUCGAAUAGCGAAAGCGAAAGCCAGAAGAUGAUUCCUGCUCACAAGUUUGUUCUUGCAAUCAGCAGUCCUGUAUUCUAUGCCAUGUUCUUUGGUGAAAUGGCGGAGACUAGAAAUUCUAUUGAAUUACCCGACUGUGAGUACGAGAGUCUGUUGGAGUUGUUUCGUUAUUUGUACACCGAUGAAGUGAACUUAACCGGAAGUAAUGUGAUGCAUGUUCUGUACUUGGCAAAGAAAUAUAUGCUUCCUUCGCUCGCUGAUAAGUGCGGUGUGUAUCUUCAUGAAAACCUGGAGGCAUCCAAUGUGUUCUCAAUUCUGCCGCAUGCGAAGAAAUUUGAUGAUCAAGAUUUGGAAAACCGAUGCUGGGAAGUGAUCGAGAAGUACACAGAGGAAGCUGUGACGUCAGAUGAAUUGGUGACGCUUCAACGGUCACUAGUUGAAUCUGUUGUGAAGAAGCAAGUAUUGAACGUAAAGGAAGCUGAACUUUUUAAGGCUGUUGAUCGGUGGGCAACACAAGAAAUUGAAAGACAAGGUUUAAAUCCUGAUGGAGAAACGAAGAGAAAAAUUAUUGGAGAGGAAUUAUUGAACGGCAUACGCUUCCCAGUAAUGUCACAGAAAGAGUUUCUUGCUGUCGUUCCAGACAGUAAUAUUUUGACAACGAAGGAAAUUGUUGACUUGAUGAAACACUAUAACAACAUGUUAACGCCGCCUUUGCAGUUCUCGGCAUCUCCAAGGACGAGGCGCGUCGCC